AUGUGGAGCUUUCAAAUCCCUAAUAAGAUAAAACAUUUUGGCUGGCGUGCAUGCACUGAAUCACUCCCAACACUGGCAAACUUGCAUCAGCAAAAAGUGAUAGGGUCACCGUUAUGUAGCAACUGCGACAAAGCAAGUGAAACGGUCCACCACGCUCUUUGGGACUGUGAUAAAGUGUUGGGUUGUUGGGGUCACAGGUUCAAGAAAUUAAGAAGCCAUGAUCAGAGUAUGGGUUCCUUUGUAGACUUGGUUUUCUCGGCAAGGCAGCAGGAAGAAAAUAUGGAGUUAUUCAUGGUUGUCGCGUGGUUAAUAUGGAACAGACGUAACAAAAUGCACUUUAACGAGCAGCACCUACCUCCUGAAAAGAUCCUUGAUGCGGCAACAGCACUGCUCAUUGAGUUCCACGAAAAUUCAGUUGGCAGACUCGAGAGAAAACUGGCUCAGACACAGCGCUAG